CGAUUAUGCAACAGUGCUCCCAAGCAGCACUCGAGCCAUCGACGCGACGCCACAUCACCAUGAGCCGCACCAACUUGUCGCUUGAUGCAACGACCUUCCUGAGCCCGUCAAGCCAAGAGCAUGACAAGCGGCAAUUUCGCAGCGACGUGUCCAAAGUGUUGAGCACCCUCGUGCCUGAGUGGAACGAUGUUUCGGACUCGGACAUCGUGCUCACCCACCUCUCAGGUGCCAUGACAAACGUCAUCUUCACGUGCGAGAAAGCGUCGGAUCCGGUUCAAAAGGUUCUCCUUCGCGUGUAUGGCCACGGCACCGAAGCAUUUUUCUCGCGCCAAGAAGAAAUCCGUGUCUUCAAGGAAAUUUCUCAGCAAUCGGACCUUGGCAUUGGCCUUCUUGGGGAAUUCCAGAAUGGCCGCCUCGAGCGCAUGAUCGAGGGCCGCACGUGUACCGCGGCAGACAUCCGCCGCCCCGACUUCUCGGCCAAGAUCGCAGCCAAAAUGGCCGUGUUCCACACCACCCAAGUCGACAUCGACCGCAAGCCGCGCAUCGUCCCGAGCAUCCACAAGCUAUUCAAAGAUGCCAAAGCAGCGUACGCGUCGAACCACCGCCAGUUUGACCUGGAUGCGAUGGCCCGCGACAUCGAGGCGCUUGACGUGCUCCUGGCGACGGUCGACUCCCCCGUCGUGUUUUGCCACAACGAUCUGCAGUACGGCAACAUCAUGGUGUCGGCGGCCAAGGACGCGAGCGGCGGCGAAGAAGGCGAGGCAGUCCUGAUCGACUUUGAGUACAGCCACUACAAUCCGCGAGGGUACGACGUGGGCAACCACUUUACCGAGUGGUGCUACAACUACCACGGCGACGCGCCGCACGUGGCGGACUUUGCCAAGUACCCGACGGUGGCGGACCAACGCCGGUACUGCCGCGCGUACUUGGAAGCAAGUGGCGGCGGCGAGGGUGUCACGGACGCCUCCGUGGACGCGCUCCGGCACGAAGCCAACGUGUAUGCGAACGCGACGCACUUGUUUUGGGCGCUGUGGGGGUUCAUCCAGGCGACACAAUCCACGAUCGACUUUGACUACUUUGGGUACGCGUCGUGCCGAUGGGAAGCGUUCCAAGCCCGCGUCACGCUCCAGGAUAAGUAGAAGUGCUCUCGUUUUGAUUGUGUGUGCCCUGGAGGAAGAGGACGGUAGCUUUUACAACCACCACCCAUCUUCCUUCUACAAGGGGUGCUUGCCGCACGAUACCGGGACGAGGUAUCCAGUUGUCUGCUCUACACAAGCGCAACGUGGCCCCAAAAGUUGCUCACACCGCUCGCGCCAUCCACGGCAAUGGGUUCCUGGGAUGCUGUAAGUUGCCAUCGCUCGGAAGCUUGUUCCCCACGUGACUCGGAACGAUGUUGAACGCGGGCGAGAUGCCGUUGAACUUCGUGUCGUGGGCUAGUAUUGCCUUGAUUGCACCUGCAGCAUGGAAGGCAAAUCAUGGGGCAUGGAGGUAGUGACAGGUAAUGGGGGGCUCGAGAGUCGCAGGACGCACAGGACCCUCUGCUUGGGGGUGCCUUCAAGAGGACAAAACAGAAGAGUGGAGCUGAGGUCAAGGCCAUUUGCAG